AUGAUUGCCUAUGAGGUUUUGCAUACCAUGAAGGUGGGGAAGAAGGGUAAGAAAGGAAACAUGGCCAUUAAGCUUGACAUGUCAAAAGUUUAUGAUAGGAUAGAGUGGCCAUUUGUGAAAGCAAUAAUGAAAAAACUUGGCUUCUGUGAUGCUUGGAUAGAGCUAGUCAUGAGUUAUCUGAUUGGGAAUACCAAAGGAGUUACAGUUGUGAGAGGAGGAAGUAGAGUAAAUCAUCUGCUGUUUACAGAUGACUGCAUUUUAUUUGGGAGGGCUUGUGUUGAAGAAUGGAAGAGAUUGCAAGAGUUGUUGUUGAGGUACGAAAGAGCUUCUGGCCAAUUUCUGAAUAAAGAGAAGACAUCAGUCUUUUUUAGUUCAAAUACUUCUGUGGCAGACAUGGAUCUUAUUCUAAGAGAAUGGGGGUCCAUGGUCCAAGGCAGCUAUGAAAAAUACCUUGGUUUACCAACCAUGGCUGGUAAAUCAAAGUAUAACACUUUUAGAGGUCUCAAGGAGAGGGUGUGGCAGAAGAUCAACAGUUGGAAGAAUUGUUUUCUGUCAGGAGUAGGGAAUGAGGUGUUGAUCAAGGCAGUUCUUCAAGCAAUUCGCUCUUACACAAUGAGUGUAUUUAAGCUUCCCAAAAAGCUUUAUAAGGAGAUCAAUAUCAUGUUAUCUAAAUUCUAG